CAUUCACCAACAGACACCUCUAAUUCUCCCUUCAAAUGGAGUUGAUAAAGGGGAGAAUAAUCGGCCGGGGCUCCACGGCCACCGUGUUCAUCGCCACCGACUUCAAUUCCGGGCAGCUGCUGGCGGUGAAAUCUUCAGAGCUUUUGACGUCUCUGUUUUUACAGAGAGAACAGAGUAUCCUCUCCAAGCUAGAUUCUCCUCACAUAGUGAAGUACAUAGGCUUCAAUGUUAAAAAUGAACAAGACAAGCUUAUGUACAAUCUUUGUAUGGAGUAUGUACCAGGUGGGACGCUCUACGAUGUCGUUUUGAGACACGGCGCCAGGCUUGAAGAGUCCAUGAUCAGAGCCUACACUCGAGAUAUACUGCAGGGGUUGAAUUACCUUCACAAUGUGAUUGGGUUGGCACACUGUGAUUUAAAGAGCAAGAAUGUGUUGAUAGGAAGCAGUGGAGCGAAAAUUGCCGAUCUGGGUUGUGCGAGAUUUGUAGGUUCUGACUCUAAUUUAGGAUUUUCAGGUACUCCGUUGUUUAUGGCACCGGAGGUGGCGCGUGGAGAGGAACAGGGGUUCGAGGCCGACGUGUGGGCUGUUGGGUGUACUGUGAUUGAAAUGGCGACUGGGAAAAGUCCGUGGCUGGAGAUGAAUGAUCCGGUAUCGGCAUUGUACAGAAUCGGGUUCUCCGAUGAGGUGCCGGAGGUUCCAGAGUGGCUGUCGGAGAAGGGGAAGGAUUUUCUGAACAAGUGUUUGAUGAAAGGCCUCAGAGAGCGGUGGACUGUCAAAGAACUCCUUAAGCAUCCAUUUGUUGAUGACCAAGUGGACUUCACUAUGAUUUCUCCUAAUAGUGUGUUGGAUCAAGCCUUCUGGAAUUCACAGCUCGAAUUGCCAGAAACGCCAGAGACACUGACAUUCACUGAUUGCUCUUCUUUGACUCCGCCGGCGUCAAGGAUCAAGAAGUUAAUUACAGUCGCAGCUUCAAAUAUGCCUAAUUGGAGUACUUGUGAUGAAGAUUGGAUCACAGUGAGAAGUAAUGACAUUGGCGAAAUCACGACGGAUACAAUCGAUUUGUUGUUUGAAUUCUCUGUUGAAAAUGUUAGUGUUAUUGAUAAUCCUAAUAGGAGGAGAGUUAGAGAUGAUGAUGAUGAAGAUGCUAAUGUAUUAGAGACUUGCAACUUUGUUACAUUCAAUGAGAAUUCUUGUUUAAUUCAAUCAAAUUAUUUUCCUUUUGCUCAAAUAUUGCUACUUUCUUUUACUAUCUUCAUCUGGGUGGUUCAAAUCUCAUUUUCCAUUGAUUCCGGCGAGAAUGUAGUGGCCAAGAAGAAUCUCUGUUCAGGUCAACAAAGUCAUCUUAUGAGUCAAAAUUAUUUAUGGGUUUAGACUUUCUCAUGUGAA